AUGCCUUCCUACGCGAUCAUAGGUGGCUCCCGCGGUAUUGGGCUGGAGUUCGUUCGCCAGCUGGCACUGAGUGGAGAUAACACUGUCUUCGUGACAGUUCGCAACAAGCAGAAGUGCACGCACCUACAGGACACCAUAAACAAGCUACCGCACAAGAACGUGCAUGUCCUGGAGGCGGAUGUAGUUGAUAAGCAAGCGAUCAAGAAUGCAGCAGCUGAAGUGAGCAGGAUCACGGGCGGCAGCCUGGACGUCCUGAUAUACAACGCCGCUCGCCUGGAGUUUGAGAAUAUACUUCGCGGUCUAUUGGACUACGAUAGCGAGGAGCAGCUUGACGAGGAGUUCGUGCAAUCUCUUAAAGUGAACGUCCUGGGGCCCAUCCAUACCGUUAACACCUUCUUGCCGCUCCUCCGCAAGGGCGCUGUCAAAAAGAUCAUCAUCAUAGGCAGUGAAGGCGGCGAGCGCGACUUUGUGCGGCGCGUGCACCUCUCCGAGACGGCUGCGUACGGGAUCACGAAGGCCGCAGAAAAUAUGGUCGCGACCAAGUACGCCGCAGAACUGGAGAGCGAGGGCUUCACUGUCGUUUCCGUGAGCCCGGGCCUCGUGGACGUUUCUAGCACUUACAGUGAGCUCGAGCCGCCGCCUGAAGGGAGCGUACCAAAGUUCAAAGUAAUCGCCAAGAAGUUCUAUGACGCUUUCCCGAAGACGAGGUCGUUGACGCCGCGAGAGGCCGUAGAGAGAUUGCUGGUAUACAUCGAGAGCAUAGGUCCCGCAGACUCCGGUUCUUUCAAGCCGUCUCUCGAGUUCGAUACUAGUACCCAGUAGACAAGCAUGCAAGUCAGGGUUGAACGUUGAUACUAGUAGAGCGGCCAAUUCUAUGGAUAUGUGUCACUUUUGAAUGCCAUGCUUGUGCGUGGACGGAGCACAAGUGAUGACAUGUAUAUGGCGAGCUAGCAUAGUAUACCAGAAACAGUAUACCGUGACGGUCCAGACGCGGCGUCCAAGUUUGAUCCAAC